AGCUGCUUGAGCAGGGUGUCGAGGUGGGCGGGAUCGAAUCGGAACUUGGAGUCGCAAAAGUAUUUACGAUGGAUGGACGUAAUGAGAUCCAUGUUGGGUGGGAUGGGAUGGACGAGGUUGAGGAGGCGGUAGACUCGCUUGUGCAUCUGGUCGGGGCGGAAGCCAAAGGACUGGAUGUCUCUCAGUCUGCCGAGGGUCUGGUUGAGGGGGGCAAAGGCAGGGUCGUCGGGGAGGGACAUCAUGUACGGCAAGAAGGGAGUGAAGACAUCGACACCAUCCUUGGUCUCCUUGGUGGCGAUACCGAGGGGAAGGACAGGGAGGGAGCGAUUGGCAUCCUUGAGAUCGAGAGCGGUCUUGAUUUCGAGCAGAACACUGUCCUCCUGACCGGCAAGGGUGUUCUCUAUCAUAGGUGUAAACGAUUCCAGACUGAGGAGCAGGAAGACGGCCUUGCUGGUGGGGAGGGCGCUGAUAGGGCUGACUUGAGGGUCGCUGGGAUUGUUGAGGCAGUCGACAUCGUGGAAGACGGAAAGGGGUUUGCCAUAUCGACGGAGGGCGACCGAGGUGAGCACCUCCUUCAAAGCCUGGACAGUGUCGGCAUCAGUCUGGGCUUGGUAUGAGAGGAACAGGUCGUGGUCGGUGCCGUGGACGGGGCAGGAAUAGAGCUGGUUGCUGGUGGCGGUGAGCAUAGCCGGGGGUAUCGUCGGAUCGAUGGUGCGGAAGGUGAGGAAGACUGAGGGCUGGGCAAAGGGACGAAGCGGCCUGCUUUUAAGGCGGAUGGGGAUUGCAGUGUCCAUACAUCUGGAGGGUAUCAAAGUGCGCUACCGAAACAAAAAAAAAAAAAAACAUCAUCUGGAGGGUAUCCAGCUGUCAUGAUGACAAAUGGACUAUCUCGAUUGGGACAAGGAUGUGAUAUUGAUCC